AAGCAACCCUGAAGCCAUGGACUCGGCGGUCCGGCACUUGCGCGACGGCGUCUUGCCCGACGCAGCAAGUUGCGCAACAUGCUGCAUAUUUGACAACCUUAGCGUCAUCGGUGGAAGCCUGGUGCUGCAGCAUGUGGUGCGGUCGUUCAUCGCUGCCAUGCGGCAGGGACGCAGCCAGGCAACGGUGGUGCGGCUGGUCGACUUGACGGGGGCGCUCGCGCCGUUGGCCGCCGAGGCCGCCGCAUCGGCGCCUCGCGCCGCUGGCGCCACCGCCGCCCCCGACGUCGAGUACAUAGACCUCCACUCGGACCCCUGGGGAUGGCAUCGAGCCGCCGUCGCGGCUGCGCGGGAAGGGCAGGGGCCGGAGCAGGCCGCCGCCGGCCCCGGCCCUGGCUCGGGUGCUGCAGCGGCGCCGGCGGCGGCGUCAGCGGCGGGGAACGCGAGGACGCACGCGGGCGCCGACCCGGUGCUGUCCCUUGAUGAGCUCUGUAGCCAACUCACUCGGGAGCCGGCCUCACAGUCGUGUCAGCUGGAGCCAGGGGCAGGCGAGGCAGCCGCAGCAGCAGCUGGAGAGGCGGAGGCGGCGGAGGCGACGGCCGCGCCACCGGCGGCAGCCGCGGGCCGUGCUGGCGGCGUGUGUGUGGUGCUGGGCUGCCUCAGCACACUCAUGGAGCGCUACAACGGCAGUAGCAAUUGCAGCAGCAGUGGUAGCAGCGGCUACGGCGGGGCUGACGGCGGAGGCGGCGGCGAGUGGGCCGGCCUAGCGAUGCUGGAGGCGCUGCGGCGGGCGCCCUCGGUGUCGUGUGUGCUGGCGGCUGUGCACACGGACCUGCACUCGGAGGCUGCGGUGGAGGGCCUGCGGCGCGCCGCCAGCUGUGUGCUGCAGCUGGCGCCGCUGUCCGACCUGCAGCAGCGGCUGGCGGCGGCGGCGCUGGCGGGCAGCGGGCGGGCGGCGCAGCUGCGCGGCGGCGUGCUGGCGGGACGGCUGGACUGCAGGACGCGGCGGAGAACGGGUCGCGUCAAGGUGGAGUCGGAGCUGUACUCCAUCUCGCUACAGCCGCAGCCGCUGUCACCCGCGCCCGUUGCUACAGCCUCUGCGGCUGCAGCUGCAGCCGCUGCUACAGCCGUGCCGGCCGUGCACUUCUUCUCCAUGCCGCCCCAAGUCGACACGCCCGACCCCAGGGCGCUGUUGCGGCUACAGCCGCCCGCCUCGUCCUCCUCCUCAUCCGCAGCAGCUGCUGCUACAGCAGCAGCUACAGCCGGUGCCGGCGGCGCGAUGGUAGCGCCAGCGGCUAGCGCGGGCGCGGGCGCGGGUGCUGCGAGUGGCGGCGGCGGCGGCGGUCAGCCUUUGGGCCUGUUGGGCGGUGUGGGCAGUGCGGAGGAGCUGGCGCGGGCGGUGGGCAGCAGCAUGCGACUGGUGCUCACCGAGGAGGAGCGGCGCGCCAAGCAGGCUGUGGUCCUGCCCUACCAGCACACAGGCAGCGGGCUGCGCGGGCCGGCGGCGGCGGCCUACGCGGCGGGGGACCAUGCCGGCUACCUGCCGCCCGCGGCGGGCGGCCGGGGGCCGGGGGCGGGGGCGGGCGCGGCGGGUGGCAGCGGCGGAGAGGCAGCGGGCGGGGUUGGAGCGGGCGGGGGCGGGGGCGGGGGUGGCGGGGGGCGGCAGGGCGGCCUGGGGCACAUCCUGUACGUGCGUGACUCGGCGAGUGAGCAGGACUCGGAUCAGGACUUGGAUGAAGACCUGGACAUUUGAUCUCGGCGUUGAAGAGGGUGCAGUCCGGGUAUCGUGGCUCUUGCAUGGUGGCGUCGGACGGGGUUCACUGGACCCACCAAUUGUGGGAUUUGCCUCAUGGAACUUUUACUUGGUAAAUCUGUCUCCAGUUAUUUCUGGAUUGGCCACAUGCAAGUAUAUUUAGGUAAAGCCUACUGAUCACCGAUCG